AUGAGAAGUAGACACUCUUCAUCCGUCCAAUCCAUUAUUUAUUUUUUUAUAAGUAUAAUAAGUAUUAAAAACUAUUAUUCAAAUUGAAAAAGCUGUGGUGCGUGCGGUAAUUGAUCUCGAACACAACCGAAUCAGAAAUGACAGCCGAAUAUCGUUCGAACUGAACGAGCGUUUUCUUUGACCGUACCGCUAUCCGAGCGAGCGUCACCGAACGCGAACGAAUCGUUCGGCGCCAGUUCGCUCGCGUUCGGCAAAAUGUUUUCACUACUGAAUUCGGUACGAUUCGCUCGCGUUCGUUCGCGUUCGGACUAUAAUGAAAUUAGGUACCUAAUCUAAUGGAUUUAUUCUCUCCAUAACGGUUUAAAAUUGCCUGCAAAAAUGCACAAUCUGUCCCAAAGACUUACACUUGGUUUGUUGUUAUUACUGCUGGCAGAUAUAAUAUGGAUUAUGUCGUCAAAACUUUUUUAACUAUGUUCCUUACAAAACUGAUGAUUACAAAAAACCAUUCUUUUUUGCCUAUACCAAAGCUUCGAUAUUUACUCUCUACUUUCUGAUAUACAUAAUAUUUAAGGAAUUACGAAAACCUUGUGGAAACCAAACUAAUUAUAUGUUUGCUAAUUUUGAUACAAUUGAAAAUGAUGAUGACGAUGAAGAUGAUAAUGUUUUUACUGAUGAAACUGAAAGAUUAAGCACAGCAAGUUAUGUUCCCAUCAAAAAUCCUAGUAUAACUUCUGGUACAGAGAGUGACGAUUCAGGAACUGUUAAGCCAAAUAAUAAAGUUGUUCGAUUUAACAAAGUUGCUGAGGUUAGACAUUUGUCCGAAACAGAAGCAACAGAAGCAUUAAUGGCUCGUUUAUCAUAUGCUGCUACAAUUAGAGCACGAGAAAUUUGCCGAUUAUCGAGGCAAUUACUAAAUUUACACCAAACUGCAAAGCUAGCUUUUACAGUAGCACCACUCUGGGGUGUUGCUAAUUUAUUACAUCAAAUAUCUAUGAUUUACAUGGAACAUACCCUAGUGUGUGUUGUAUUGUCUACAACUAGCUUUUUCACUCUUCUGCUAUCUCUAUUUUUUGUUACACCUCCUACAGAUCGUUUUACAGUCACUAAAUUGUUAACUGUAUUAUUCAGUAUAACUGGAAAUGUUAUAAUUACUUUACCUGAUUCUCAUUUUAGUUUUAGUGAAAUUAAUGUUGGAUUUGCAUUAUCUUUAUGUAGUGCUAUUUUUUAUGCAUUAAAUAUUGUUACAUUACGAUCUUGGGUUGAUCAUGAAGACAAAUUAGAUAUCAUAUUGUACUUUGGUCUUGUUGGUCUAUUUAAUGUACUAAUGUUUUGGCCAUUGUUCAUUUUUCUUCAUUAUUUUGAACUUGAAACCUUUGAAUGGCCUAACAAUCAACAAGCAAUUUCAUUGUUAAUAAAUGGAGUUGUAAAAGCUACAUUGCCUGAAGUCAUAUGGUUAUGGGGAUGUUUGCUGACAUCAUCAAUUAUUGCAACAAUGUCUAUAGGACUAACUAUUCCAAUGUCUUUAAUGCUAUAUGGCAUUUCCAGUCAAAACAAGUCUGAUUAUGAGCGAUUUUUGUUACCAUCAUUUUAUUUAGGUUUAGUUCCUACAACUUUCUCUUAUUUUUGUCUGAUUUGGUUAACAUAUCGAUUUAGUUAUAAUCAAAACGAAUACAAUUGUCUAAGUCGUUGUCAGAGAAAAAAUUUAAUUAGGCUUAGAGAUAGUGAUGCUGAACAAUCAGAAUCACUUAUACAAAUUCAUGAAACAGACAAAGAAGUAUGAUAAAAUUUAUUUACCCUUUAAAUUACCUACCAGAAUUAAUUAUUUUUAGUAUUUUUACCUAUUUAUGUGCA